AUGGAUUUGAAGAUAGUGUGUUUGUGUGUUCUAAUUUUAAGUUUUGAUUUAGUGUGUGGCCAGUACUCGUCGUCGCCGUGUCCUGGCAUAUUUGACUUUGAAAAUGAUGGACGUCAUGUGUAUGGGAAAAUCGUUUUGCGGCCAAGCUCGCCGGUGUCUUCCUUAGUGCUAAGAAUUAAUUUUACUGUUGCAGCUCAACUAUUUAAUAAUUAUGUAGGCCGUUUAGAAGCACAAGACAGCAACCACCUGCUACAGAGGUACAACAGGGGGCAGCCUGUCAGCUACAUCGUGCACUUCCCCAUCACCUCGCCGCUGCCGAAACUGACAGCUCUCACUGUCAACGGCGACACUGUUUGUUAUGGACAAGGAGAUGUACCGAGACCAAACACGUACGUAACGACGCUAAGUCUCCAGCACACAUCGUUCCUCCAAGGAGGUGGUCCAGUAUACAACAGUAUUCAGCCACAAUAUCAAAGGCCGCAGACACGUCCACCGCCACCGCCACCACAGCCGACGGUAGACCAGAUAUACUUCGGAGACGAUGACGCCACUGCACAUAUUUAUACGUUCAACAAUGUUGAGCCAUCGUGGAAUAACAACAACUCCCCGUACUACGUCGUGAACAACACCCGUCCCUUCACACAAGCCACGCAACAGUACCAGCCCCCCACCCAGCAGGUCUUCCAGUCCAACCCAAUCUAUGAAUAUGACCAGAAUGGACCACUGCAGGUCACUUCAAGGAAGCCUGUAACUUACAGGCCUAACCCGCCUGUUUACGAGCCGAUCACGAAGAGGCCAACCUACACACCUCCUCCGACAAGCCCUAACCGCAAUGAGUUCUAUUAUCCCACUCCUGAGCCGACACGACCAGCGAUAACCAGUGACGAACGUUACAACAUUCAAACUACAUCUGAUAUGUGCGGUGAGGUCGCGGGAGGUAAUGAGAGGGUCCCUCUCAUCUACAAUGGAAGGUCUUAUGCGAGAGGAGACAUUCCUUGGCUUGUAGCCAUUUACAAGAGUGAGGCAGCUAAUCUGCAAUUUAUCUGCGGAGGAACCUUGGUUUCUGAUCGGCAUAUUGUUACAGCUGCCCACUGCAUGCAGCGUCGAGGCGUGCAGACGAACAUCAAGGAUAUUGUGGUGAAGAUCGGAGUCCACAAUCUGAAUGACUGGAGCGACGAUAUUACGGUCACCAGGUCGUUGAGUGCGGCUUCCAUUCAUGAAUCUUUCAAUCCAGCGACACUCCAAAAUGACAUACUGAUGUUCACCCUGAAUAAACGAGUUAAGUUCAACACGUACAUACGUCCGGCGUGUCUGUGGGGUGACGAUACAGACCAGUCCCGCAUUGUCGGCGCUUCUGGAGUAGUAGCCGGAUGGGGAGACCAAGGUGUCGGAGGUAUAGGGAAGCAGGGUGAGCCUCACAUGGUGCGCAUCCCCAUCGUCAGUACCACCGACUGCCGAGCCAGCAAACCUCACUUCCACAAACUUACUUACGACAGCACGCUCUGUGCAGGUGAUCGUAAUGGCGCUGGGCCUUGUGUAGGAGAUUCUGGAGGAGGUUUGUACCUCCUUGAGGGAGGCAAGUGGAGGCUCAGGGGAGUGGUCUCCGUGUCACUCCGAGCUGAGAACGGCGACAACACUUGUAACCUUAACGAGUAUAUCAUCUUCACAGAUACAGCGAAAUACUUGAGCUGGAUCAAGCGCAUUUUGUCAGAAAAAUAUUACGAUUAA